GACAGAAUACAAAGAUGGGGACAAGGUUUUUAUAAAACCAAAGGCUAGAGUUUACUGUUUCCUCAAUGCCUGAGACCGUCCAUACGUGGCGAAGAGUCACAUCCUGCUCGAGGUGUCCCUGCUUCUACAGAAUAUGGCGGAUCUAGAGAGGAAAACUCGAUAAAACCCGUAAUCCCAGGUGUUAGCCGGACCGUGCCUAGGGAUGAAUGGCACUACGUAAGUGUGUCUUCGAACGGAGGACUCCAGAUACCUGGCGCCCUCUGGUUUAAACCAGCCUUUCCGUGGUACAAUGGGGCUAUGCCACGGAUGACGUAAUAUCCCCUACACUCGUGGGAACAACAAUGCCUAAAAAAAAACAUUAAUUAUAAAAAAAAUACACCAAACACUGGAAAAGGUCGCAUAAAACACCAUAUACCUGCUGAAAAGCAAUUAUUCAAAGGAAACGGUUAUGCCAGAUACAAAAAACUAAAAGCUAUGGGGAUUAAGCGUGAUGAAGCGGAGAGGUUGGCUCAUGAUGUGAGAGAAUGUAAUAAAAUCUUUGGGAAAGUUAAACAUGAUCGAACCCAAGAAAUCAAAGGUUUAGUUAAGGUCGAAGAAGGUACUGGCCCUAAUCAAGUCGAUGUAAAUGGUAUCUUUCAGUUUGAGCGCCAACGUGAUAUAUUAAGACGAAUUCUCGCACAAGGAGUUCCAUUGGAUGAGGCCAUACCAUUAGCCAGGGAAGCUGGUGAAUCUCAAGAACCUUUCGAUCGUGCAUUAGCUAAACGAUUUGUCCGCGAACAACUUUCAGACAUUAGAUCCUCCUCAGACGAAAUAACAGUCACUGGAGGUGCACGAAAGCGUUUUAGAAUAUUAGUUUCAAAAGGCGUUCAUAUUGAAAAGGCUAGAAUUGUUUGUCAGUGUCCGGUGAAAACCCGUCAACUUAGAUUUGCUCUGAGUGGCACAAUAAUAGAACCUACACCUAAAGCCCCUAAACGACCAGUUCGAGCAGCUAAUACCAAAAGCUCACCAGCAAAUUUCCGAUCAUCUGGAACCGGCAAUACAUCAAAUUCAAAUAUAGCAUAUGAGCAAUCACAAAAUGCAUUGCGUGAUAACAAAAGUCAUCCUCAGCAGAUCAACAUAAAUGAAACACAGUGUAAAAAUACACGCCACAUUGAACCACAAAUCAGUACUUCAAUACGUUACAGACAGGAAACCCCAUUUUUGGGAACAAUGAUAGAACCGCACACGAACGAUGACCCACUUAGAAUAAAAUUAGCUGUGAUAUCUCCGGAUUUUCCCUUGACCAUUUGGCCUACGGAAAUGUUAAAAGGAAUACAGCAUUUUAUUUCCAAAGCAGCUGACAAUGAAGGAAUCGACUUGACGUCUCUUUAUGCUUCUUGUAGUUUUCGUCCCGGGUGGAUCGCAUACUCGAUAACAGAUAUGAGAACUGCUCAAUGGUUUAGAACGAGAGUUCCACAUCUGCGACCAUAUGAAGCUUUUCUAGCAGUCGUCGAUCAGGAUGCAGUGCCACGAUCGCAAAUUUUUGUGGGGUACAUUCCCGAACAGAGAAACUUAUCUAAUGACGAUUUGUUGGAAGCCAUCGGAAUGAAAAAACAACGGUCUCCGCACACGGGACUGGAACGUAAUUAAUAGAACACAGAGAGGUUCAAUACUGGAGCUUUUGGUUCUGAUUGAUCCCUUUUCCGUUAAGGCUCUUCAGGUGAACAAUUAUUCAAUAAAAUAUGGACAUUCAAGCGCUUGUUUAAAGCCUAGACAAUCUUUAGGCGUGCCGUCCUUUCGGGAAUCCACACAACCAUAUUCAACAAGCUCGUCCAAUGUAAUUUUAUCUACAAAAGAAGACGAACGGAAAAAUUCACAUAGAAGAGAAUACGAUAGAAACGAAAGCGUUGACUUUUCAAGUCGAAGAGAUCAACAUAGAAAUGACAGCAACGACCGGAAAAGUUCGCACAGAAGAGAAUACGAUAGAAACGAAAGCGUUGACUUUUCAAGUCGAAGAGAUCAACAUAGAAAUGACGGCAACGACCGGAAAAGUUCGCACAGAAGAGAAUACAAUAGAAAUGAGAUUAGAGAUUUUCCGAGGCGAAGUGAAAAAAGUAAAAACGACUCACGGAAUUCUAAUUCCUACUGGCGCAGCAUGUAAACAAACGAAAGUAAAUUAAAAUCAUUCGACGAGGAUCUUGUUUUAUACCACAAACGUUAUCGAGAAAAAAACUUCAAAAUCAGUUCAGUAAUGGUGAUUGUCGGCUGCUGCCUCCGAUGACGAUUAAUUUGCCUCUGAUCGUUUGUAAAAAUGUACAUGCAGAAGCAGAUGUAUGUUAUUUAUGCAUGGAUUAGUAAAUGCAAUAACUCGUUACUAAUAUACGAAUGAGCCCAUCACAAUGUAGAAAUGAUGCAAUCAAAUUAUGACCGAUCUCUAUUGCAAAACCUUUAUUCAGGAUGCUCGUUUGGACCUUUACAUUGGAGUUUAAAAUAAGCUUCUUUACGUCAGUUUGAAAGUGAUCACUUUGAAUUUAACAAAUUUGCUGAGGACCGGCCGUUUUAUUAUAAGCUUCAUCGACACAUUAUAUGAAUUCCAAAGAUUGUGAAAAUGAAAAUGUUAUGAAAAUAAACGCCUAAGGCCCCAAUAAGUUUUGUUGUCAA